AGCGACUGAUGGAGGUCAAGUCAGGGGUUCCAAAUCAGUCUCUCCUACAUCACCUGGUCAAGGCCAUCCACGACAAGGAUGACUCGAUCCUCAAAUUCAUCCCAGAGAUGGGGCAACUGGACAAGAUCACACUGUCCACUUUGGUUGAGAUAAAGGAUGAGAUAAACAAGUUCAAUAAACAGCUGAGUAAAUUUAUGAACCACCUGGUCACCGCUAACAUCAAGCUGAGACAAAGGUUCCACAUGUUUAUAGAGGAGGUGAAGUUAGAGCUUUUAACCAUACAAAGUGCUACAAAUCAGCUGAAAACCUUGACCCUGAAAAUGGCAAACUUUUUCUGUGAAGACCAAUAUAGUUUUGACCUAGAGGCCACACUUCAGUGCUUACACCGCUUCUGUAAACAAGUCAAGCGGUGCCAAAAUGAUAAUGCUACUUUUAACAAACAAAGUCAGCUUGCGAAGAAGAAAAAUGACCAGAUUAAAUUCCACGUAAAGAACAGAUUUUUGGCCUUGGAGUUUGGAAGAGAUGCAGGGGCUAGUUCCUCUAUUCUGGAAGACAAACACAAAGUGUUGGAAAAGAUUCUGGAUGACCUUCACCAUGGAAACUUCCAUCCUGUGGUGAAGUCAGAGGUCGUGACCCCUGACAAUGAUAUUGAGGCUCUGGAGUUCAGUAACAUCAGCUUCAUUGGUAGUCCUGUCAGCAGACGACCUGUGUCAGAGGUCAUGGAUGAGGAUUUCCUGACCCCGACACUCAAACAUGUCAAUAUCAGGACCAGCUCUGCUGACAUACUGUCAGAUGAGCCUAAGUUUGAGCAGGAGCUGAUCACAACUAAAGAGGCUUCCCCGGAAAUAAUGGGUGACCUUCCCCUCAUUGCAAAGCGUGUAGAGGAACUGAAGGUCACAGGGAAGAGGCGGAGUCACAGCCGUAGUCGUAGCGACCUGACGGACUCCAUUCUGAUCACGGAGAAGUGGAUGAAGUAUGAGGAGUUGGUGCACCAGGAGUCGAUGCAUGAGGAGGGAGCCGCUCCGCUCGCUGAGCCAGAGAGCAUGUGCAACAUUACGUCCCUAAAUCUGGAAAACAAUGGAAAGUCUGUGGACCUUGAGGAUGUGAAGUAUUACGAGGAGCAGCAGAAGUACGAUUACGCAGAGAAUGUCUGCUGUGUGCAAGAAGGUCCAGUUCUCAAGAUACCAUCAGAAAAGAUGCAUGUUGGGAACAUGGAGUGCAAACCAAAACCGGAGAGAAAAUCUUCUGUCAGUAAUUUCUUCACGAAGAUUUCCAGGGCAGUGCUGAAACCUAGGAACACACCAGAGGCGGAGGCUCACAAAGGGAAGAAGGAGAAAUUUGGGAUGUUUGGAAGGAGGAAACCGCUGGCGUCCGAUGACAAAGAGAACAUCCCUUGUAAAGAAAAUAUUGUUACCACAGCAGAGAAAAGAUUUGCUUCCAGAGAGUACAAGAGAUUUAAAAAUGAGAAAUCUCGAGUUUUGAAACAAGUGAAGUAAAUGGCCCAAUCUUACAUUUCAGCCACAAAUGUGUUCCAAAUAAUUUUACACUUUGUUUUUUCCCCAGCCUUUUUAUGAAUUUUUCAUUAUUCCAGUAUUUUAAAAGUAUAUGUUUGUAUUAUUUGUCUUUUCCCCCCUUUAUGACAUAUUAUUUUUUGUGAGCUAAUUUUGUCUCAAGAUAGCAUUU